GUGAUGUCAUUUUUCUUAACACCCCUGAACAUUCUUCCUCUCCAUGUCCAUGUUUCCCUUGAUUAUUGGUGAUUUUCUCUCCACAAAAUCCAUCUAAAAAUACAUUCCCUGGACCCGAUUCCCGUGGCGAUUCCGAUCGGGUCAACAAUCAGAGGUCGUGUGUGAGUUGCUGGGCGAGCCCCACACUGCAAUCCACGGUCUCCAUCCUCAUCUCCGCUGCCUAUUUCCGGAUUUUUUUCUGGAGAGUUUCCGACAGGGAUUUAAGCCACCACGAUGCGAGCCGCUCGGAAUAUCUACAGAGAUGACGUGGAUUUUGCGGAAUUGGCGCUGCAGUCGCCCGAAUUUGCGAAACAAUUGAAAUCCAACGGUCAACUGGACUUUAGCGACCCGGACGCGGUUCGACAACUGACCAAGAGUCUCUUGAAACGCGAUUUUAAUCUGGAUGUCGAGAUUCCGGACGAUCGACUCUGUCCACCGGUUCCGAAUAGGUUGAACUACAUCCUCUGGGUGCAGGACCUGCUAGACACAACGGGACGUGAAUACCGCGAUGAAUACGACCCGGAUAGAGAAGUCCAAGGGCUGGACAUAGGAACGGGGGGCUGCUGCAUAUACCCAUUACUGGGCUGCGCGACACGACCGCUGUGGAAGUUCGUAGCUACAGACAUCGACGACAACAACAUCCGGACGUCACGGAAGAAUGUAUCGGCCAACGGACUCGAAUCGCGCAUCCAAAUCGUCGAGACCAACCCCGACGACGACCUCAUCCCGUUGGCUAAACUCGGGGUGGGAAAGUUGGACUUCACAAUGUGCAAUCCCCCGUUCUACGCCUCCCGCAGCGAGAUGAUCACAUCCGCGCAAGAAAAAGAACGACCUCCCUUCUCCGCAUGCACAGGCUCCGAAAUAGAAAUGGUCACCCCAGGAGGCGAAGUCUCCUUCGUUUCGCGCAUGAUCGACGAAAGUCUACGCCUCCGCAGCGCCGUCACCUGGUACACGUCCAUGGUCGGCAAGCUGAGCAGCGUCUCCGUUCUCGUGGAGAAGCUCGCCUCGUACGGAAUCCACAACUAUGCCGUCACGGAGUUCGUGCAGGGGUCCAAGACGAGGCGGUGGGCGAUUGCGUGGUCGUUUUCGGAUUAUCGACCUUCGGUUGCAGCAUCCCGCUCAAUAACGGGCCUCCCCAAACACCUCCUCCCCUUCCCCUCAGAAUACACCUUCGACAUCGCGCACGCAUCAAUCGACGACAUCGGUCACAAGCUCGACUCCGAGCUCGUCGAGAUCCCCGUGCAGUGGGUCUGGCGGAAGAGUCAAGCGACGGGGAUCGGGUUCGCGAUGGAGAACGUGUGGUCGCGGCAGGCGCGGCGCAAAUUGAAGAGCAGCGAUACGUCGCUGGAGAUGCAGAAGGCGAGUGUGGACGAGGAGGAUGCCGCGCUGGGGUUUAAGAUUCAGGUGAAAAGGGAGGGCGGACAGGAGGAUAAAGGGGUAAGAGUGUUGGUGCGGUGGGUGAAGGGGGGCGAUUCGGUGUUGUUUGAGAGUUUUUGUGGGAUGGUGAAGAGGAAGGUGGAGGGCAGAUAACUAAGUAGCCUAGGCCAUUUCUGUUCGUACUUUGUAU